AGCUCAUCUUCUCCCUGACCCCCCUCGCAAACACAAUCAAUGAAGACCGCGCAGCGCUGGUCUUUGCUCCUUCCUUGCGAGCAGGCGGAGCGCAGGGCGGGUUCGCUCUUCUCUCUCUGACAAAACUGCGGCCGGGCCCGCGGGCGACAGUCAAUGCGCUGGAAACUCUUGCUGGCCCGCCCAAGCAUGUGCGAGUCAGACGGAGGGAGUGAGUUUGGCUACAUAGUGAAGCUGAUAGAGAAAGGCAAGGUUACAAUUAAGAAUAUUGAACGAGAGCUCAUCUGCCCAGCAUGCAAGGAGUUAUUUACCCAUCCACUGAUCCUCCCUUGUCAGCACAGUAUCUGUCACAAAUGUUUAAAAGAAAUUCUCUUCUUCACACUUGAAGACUCUUUCACUGAUCUAGGGUCCGAAUCCUCCUGUCAAAGUAGCCCUCGUAUUCGAAUACAUUCUCCUAGUUUGGAUCGAAUUGACAGAGUUAGUAGAUCAGGCUGGAAACGCAAUUCACUGACUCCUAGGACGACCAUUUUUCCUUGUCCUGGCUGUCGGCAUGAUGUAGAUCUGGGAGAACGAGGCAUCAAUGGCUUAUUUCGAAAUUUCACCUUGGAAACUAUUGUGGAAAGAUACAGACAGGCAGCCAGGGCAGCCACAGCUAUUAUGUGUGAUCUCUGUAAACCUCCACCUCAAGAAUCUACAAAGAGUUGCAUGGACUGCAGUGCAAGCUAUUGCAAUGAAUGCUUCAAAAUACAUCAUCCUUGGGGAACUCUAAAAGCCCAACAUGAGUAUGUAGGACCAACCACUAACUUCAGGCCCAAGAUCUUAAUGUGUCCAGAACAUGAAAUGGAGAGAGUAAAUAUGUACUGUGAAAUUUGCAGAAGGCCUGUGUGUCAUCUUUGUAAACUGGGUGGAUCUCAUGCAAAUCACAGAGUAACAACCAUGAGCACUGCCUACAAAACACUCAAGGAGAAACUUUCAAAGGACAUUGAAUACCUCAUUAGUAAGGAGAGCCAGGUGAAAGGUCAAAUUUCUGAACUGGGUCUCUUAAUUAAAGAAACUGAGUGCAAUGGCGAGAGAGCUAAAGAAGAAGCAUCUUAUAACUUUGACAAGUUGUUUGAUGUUUUGGAAGAAAGGAGAUCAGCUGCUCUGAGAGCAAUUGAGGCUUCCAAAAACUUAAGACUAGAGAAACUACACACCCAAAUAGAGGAAUAUCAAGGACUUCUAGAAAACAAUGGACUUGUGGGAUAUGCUCAGGAAGUGCUCAAAGAAACAGACCAGUCUUGUUUUGUUCAAACAGCAAAACAGCUCCAUGUCAGAAUUCAAAAAGCUACUGAAUCUUUGAAGAGUUUCCGGCCAGCAGCUCAAGCUUCUUUUGAAGACUAUGUGGUUGAUAUAACAAAGCAAGAAGAGAUUCUUGGAGAUCUGUCCUUCUACACCAGUGGUAAAUGUGUAGAUGUACCAGAGAUCAACGAGGAGAAGAGCAGAAUGUAUAAUAAAGCUUUGAUCUGUUGGGAACAUCUGGAGAAGACAGAUUCAGCUGAUACCUAUAUCCUUGAAUACCGUAAACUUAAUAGAGAAGAGGAGAAUGUAACAUGGCAAGAAACUGAAGCCUGCAGCAAGAGUAAAGUAAUCUCGGACCUUGAAAAUAAUAGCAGCUAUGCCUUUAGAGUCAGAGGAUAUAAAGGAUCUGUCUGCAGCCCUUGGAGCAGGGAAGUUAUCUUGCACACACCUCCAGCUCAAGUCUUUAGUUUUCUUUUUGAUGAUAAAUGUGGCUACAACAGUGAACGUCUCGUGCUGAAUCCAAGGAGAACCUCUGUGGAAAGUAGGGCUGGAUUUCCUUUGCUGCUAGGGGCUGAACGUAUCCAAGUGGGAUGCUACACAACCCUGGACUACAUCAUUGGAGACAAUGGAAUCACAAAAGGGAAGCACUUUUGGGCUUUUCAUGUGGAAUCAUAUUCAUAUUUGGUGAAAGUGGGAGUUGCAUCUAACACUAAGUUACAAGAAUGGCUCCAUAAUCCCCGUGAUGUGACCAGCCCAAGGUAUGAACAGGACAGCGGUCAUGACAGUGGGAGUGAAGAUACUUGCUUUGAUUCAUCACAGCCUUUCACACUGAUUACUUUAGGCAUGAAGAAAUUGUUUAUUCCCAAGGCACCUACUGCUUCCAAAGACUCGGCAAAUAGAAUUCUUCCGAUGCCAUCAUGUAUAGGAAUCUGUCUUGACUGUGACAGAGGCAAAGUCGGAUUCUAUGAUGCAGAUCACAUGAAAUGCCUCUAUGAACGCCAGGUAGACUGCUCUGGGACAAUGUAUCCAGCAUUUGCAUUAAUGGGGAGUGCAGGAAUUCAUCUUGAAGAAGCUGUCACAGAAAAGUAUUUGGAAUACCAAGAUGAUAUGUAGUGCAAAUCUCUACUGGUACGGUUUUUGAGAUGGAAAAAUGUGAGCAGAAGGAUCUGCCUUAGCAUUUAAUCUUGAUUAAUUACAUCAUAUCUCCUAAGUGCUUUUGCUGCA